CAUGCCCCCUCUCAUAGACUUGCAUUGAGGGGGCGAAGUCACACGGGGGCGGAGUCGUGACGUCACAAUCUUCCGUUCCCGUGGUCGGGAGCCAGAACCUCCAGCGCUGCCGGAAGCAGAUACAGGUGGGUGCUGCACGCUAUAUUGCGGGGGUCCCGCAAUCAGACAUCUUAUCCCCUAUCCUUUGGUUAGGGGCUAAGAUGUCUAGGGGUGGAGUACCCCUGUAAGGACAAGGGGAGGACUAAGGCAAAGUUUCCAGAGAAGGCAAAAGCACAAGAAAAAAAUUCCAAAAAAUUACCAUAGCACAGGAGAAAGCAGAAGCAGUUUUUCUGUGUUUUUACAGGUAAAAAAAAGGGGGAAACCUAGCCUUAGGGUUCUCUGGGAGCAGGAGUCUGGAGGAGGACUUAGGGGUCUGGGGGAAUUAGGGCUCGUCCACACUACGAACUUCCGCCAGCAUAAUUUUGCUUGUUUUCAAUGGGACGCUGCUGCUGUGUGCACACUACGGAAGGCAGUGUGUGGUAGUAUUAUUUUUAGAGGGCAUGAUGUUAGGCAGUAUAAUAUACAGAGUACACAGGGUUUGGCAGUAUUAUAUUUAGAAAGCACAGUCUCUUAUUAUGAUUCUUGUCUUUAUACAGAGGAUGAGGAUCGGCUGGCAAAGUACGGAACCAAUGAUGUCCAGGCGUCGAACUUUACAGAGGAAGAUGGAGCUGGAAGAAGACAUGGCGUCUGGACCAGAUGAAGAAGAAAAGGAAAGACAACAGAGAAGACGUCUCCUAGAUCUAACAUGAAUAUGCAGAUCAUUGUAUUAUGAAUGGGAGGAAAAGGAGAAACAGUUGCAAACAACAAACGGCUGCUGCACUCUCAAUCUACACUGCAGCUUUACAUCUUCAGAUUGGCUUCUGGAUAUAAACACAAGUCUGUAACAAGCUGACCAGGAAAGAAGCGUCGGGAGAUUAUUUAUAGUAUACAAAACCAUGGAGUUUAUAAGUAUAUCUGGACCGAAAAUAGUUUCCCUUGGAAUUACUGCAACCCAGCUCUUUGUUAUUCUUCUCAACAUAAGUAGGUGAUGACGUCCUGUCAUUUAAAGACCACGAUGUUCUAAGACAGGUUUAACAGCAUAAUCCAUCAGCUAAACACUACUAUCACCACUUAAAGUCACCCUGGGAACCUACAAAAGAAAAGACUGCACGUUUCCAGAGCUGAAGACAUGGACCCCACUGUGUUGUGUUUUAGCAUCUGAACUUCUGGAUUAGUCAGCCACAUUUUGUGCGGACCAAUCUAAAAUGCCCUGAUCUAAAACAUAAGCUCACCGAUGUGAGCCAAUUAAAGUCAUCCUGAGAACCUACAAAAUAAAAGACUGUAUGUUUCCUGAGCUUUAGUCAUGGACCCCACUGUUUUGUGCUUUAGCAUCUCUACUUCUGGAUUAGCCAGCCACAUUUUGUGCGGACCAACCUAAAAUGUCCUGAUCUAAAACAUAAGCUCAAUGAUGUUCAGGGUGUUUAUAACAGUUCAUUUUUAACAGUUUUUGUUGUCGAGUACCUUCAUGUUGCUUUAAUAACAUACAGCAGAUGACAGUCAACAUCCUUUCUUCUGUAAAAUGUGGAAAGUAUUGUCAGCUGUACUUGGAUAUCACCAACAUUAAGACACAGUUGUGCUUCCUUGAAUUCUCUGUGCCCCUUCAGGUCUGUACUGAAAUCAUUAUAAAACAAUGACGUACAAGAAAACUUUCAUGGCUUCCAUUGAAGUUUGGGCCUUCAUUUUAAUGAUAUUUUCAGUUGCCCAAACAACUCAUCAUGUGCGGGUUGGAACAAAUACAUCCAUAUGUGGAUUCAUCUGUGAACAACCAAACGGAAUUCUACUUCUUCAGUGCAGACAUAAACAUUCUAUCUUUGUGGCCGAAUGCAUAAAUUCAACACCUGAGGUUAAAAGAAAGGACAGUGAACGACUGAACUUAAACCUUUCUAGCGGCUGUUUUCUAAUGACAGAUGUGCAAAAAAAUGACUCUUGUGUCUAUGAAAUCUGGUUUCAUGAUAACAAAAUACAUAUAAAGAAGUCUAUCACCAUUAUUAUACUGGAUGCUAUACAGAUAUUGAACAUCUCCAGUACCUUCAGUCACAUGGGCUCAGAUUUCUCAGUGCAUGUCCAAUUCUCUGGAGCAGAGGCCACUGUUUCAUGGGAGGUGGAUGGAAUUGCCAGUCCUUCGAGAUAUGAACUUGUGGACAACAACAGGACUCUGAUCAUUCGGGGUGCAAAAGAUGAAGAUACCAAAAGGAAGUUUGUGGUUAGAGUAAAAAAUCCUAUUAGUGAGGAUGUACGUGAAUAUUGCCUCAAGACUCAAGGUGAAAUAUCAGUCAGAACUCACUUAGAACUGUUUAUUACACCUACCCUGGUUAUUGUUGUUGCUGUUCUUAUUUGUUAUAAGAAACUAAAUGCAUUACUGAAGACAAAAGAUCAGACCAGAAUGCAAGGAACUAAACAAGUAGUCAAUGAAGUUUCUGAAGUGUAAUUGUGGACACUAUAGUGAAGGCUCCCGGCAUGAGAAACAUUGCUGUUAUUUUAUUUGUUGAUGGUGAUGUGGAUACAGCAGUGAUCUCUGUUUCCUACUGGACACAUGUAUUUACUAAGUGUUCUAUUAGGAAAGAAGGUGACACUUGGCUACAAGAGAACUAUCUUUCCAAAGCUUCAUUUUGCUGGUACCUGAUAUUUGCCAAAGUAUAUGUCUUUUAAAGGGGGUACUCCCACCCUAGACAUCUUA